UUGUUUGGUUAAUGUACAUGUCAAUUGUCAGAGAAAAUUAAAGAGGUUAUUUGGGCUUUCCAUUUCAAAAAUAUUAUUUCCUCAAAUAGUUUUGAGGAAAAUAAGAGGUGAUUAACGUCCUUGAAGUCCUCUGUCUUUGUUCAGCAUGGCCAAUGGUACCAUAUUCAACCCCUUCCUGAAAUCCCCGCUGACCGAUAUGUCUGGUGCUUUAGUUUGUAGCCAGUGGGGUGGCAAAUGUGCAGAUAUCGAGAUGAGAGCCCUGGAAUGCCUUGAGGCGUAUGGUGUUGACAGGGGACUGAAGAAAUGUGACACACUUAUUAAAGAUUUUGAUGAAUGUGUCUACAAAAGGAAGCAAAUACAGAGAGUUAAUGCCAUGAGAUUUGAACGUCAUCGUCAACACUUUGCCGGAGAGAGAACCAAAGAAGAUAAAUAUUCAAAGAAUCCACCAAAACCAGAUACUUAUUGAUUUGGUAUUUAUGUGUAUUGAGUAGAAUCAUUGUUAAUAUAUGAAAAUUUAGUUAAAGAA